AUGUCUUAUCGUGGUGUAUCUACUGCCGGACAUUCCAUCCUCUCAGCAAAUUUCCUGGAGGAGGUCUGGAUGUGUUGCAAUGUGAAAGAUGUGGACCAACUUUUCGCAUCGCACCAGAUGAGAUUGCCUAUGCAGAUCCCGAGGCCAUUCGCAAGAUAUACAGCACAAUCUCACCACUCAACGAGUCUGAUUUCUAUCAUAUCUGGGAUGCGGGAGCCUCUCCAAAUAUCCCAAACCGUUUACCAUCGUCGACGAAAAGAUGAAUUUGAGCGGAGACGCAUAAUGAGCAGCGUGUACAGUAUGUCUACUGUCUUGACCUUGAAGUCAUACAUUGACGACUUUAGUCGCUUGUUCGUCGAGCGUAUGACUCAGCGAACCAUUCCACCUGCCUGGGCACCUGAAACAAUUUGA